AUGUCGUCUAGCAGUACUCUUCAAGCAUCAGCAUUCGCGCGCGACGACCUUCCGGGGUCACCUCCCGAGAUUUUUCCCACAUCCGACCUCUCCUCCAGGAUCCUAUCGGAUGGCCUUGGCUCCAUCUCUCCGCGUUAUGCAGCAAUACGCAUCACUACUGGUCUCCCUAAAGACAUCACUUUGCGCGAGUUUCGCCUGAUAUUCAUGUUUGCUUCUGAAUUUAUGGGUGCUGAGUUGGCUCGGUUCAAUGAUCAAAUUCACGGAAUUGUCCGUUUCAGGACGGGGCAGGCAGCUAUUGAUGCCCUUAACCACCUUCAGGCGCGAAAGAUUGACUGUGAAGAUCCCGCAGCGGACGAGGUCCGUGUGGAAUUAUUGCAGGUUUCGCCGCCCGUGGCCGCCAACGGUCACCAUCCGCAUGCCCAUCGCACUCAUUCUGACGAAGCUUUGCCUUUUCCGGCGUCUUCGACUUUCAGUCCGCCUCGUGCACCGUUUGCUGCCCUUUCUUCUUCGAAUUCCAGUACGACUUCGAACGCUGCCAAGCCUAGGUCUGCCUUUGAUGCCUUCUACUCUGUACCGAGUAGUCAACAACGCAACUCGACGUCAGGCAUGACCUUGGGCGGAUUGCCGAACAACAGUUACUCCGCAAAUGUUGAUCAUCUAUCAAACUCGGACAACUUCUUCUCUGAAGUCUUUGGACCAAGCAGUCCUCGCUCUGAGAGGCCUUUCUAUGGAACAGGAAAGAAUCUCCUUUUGGAGAGUGCUACCUUUGACGACGAAGAGGAAGACUUGGUCAAGGACCCUCUUGGAUACCUUUCCAAGAGCGGUAAUGCUGGCUCGGCUUCGGCGCCGUGGGGUGAGAGCAUUAGUUCACGCAUGAGUAGCAGUGUCGGUAGCAGUAUGCCGCCCUUGAGCAGCCCGCCUGUUUCGCGCUUCUCUGCUCUCAACGUUAACACCGGGUCCAUGCCGCCGCCGGCUGGACCCUCGACGGUCGGAAUUCCACCGAUGUCUCCUACGUCUACGCAAAACUACUUACAGAACCAUUUCCCCAAUUAUCCGGGCCGCCCGCCCAUCAUCCUCAAUCCUGCGGAUCAGAACCCGCCUUGCAAUACGUUGUACGUUGGCAAUCUUCCGCCGAACACCAGCGAGGACGAGCUCAAAGCGCUCUUUUCUCGCCAACGUGGAUACAAACGUCUGUGUUUCCGUACCAAGGCGCAGGGCCCGAUGUGCUUCGUUGAAUUCGAGGAUGUUAGAUGGGCCACAAAGGCACUCAUGGAGCUCUAUGGGAACCCCCUCAGCAACUCCGUCAAGGGUGGUAUUCGCUUGAGUUUUAGCAAGAACCCGUUGGGUGUUCGUAGUAAUUCGAUUAGCAACCCCAACAACAUGAGUGGGCCUAUGGCCAUGGCAAACCAUCCGAGUGCCUUCUCGACAGCAAUGCAUGCUCCACCAGGACUUACAAGUCCUCCCUCCGGCGGAGUGGCCCUCAAUCAAGCGUCGCCCCCGCAGCAGCCUGCUGCCACUGGACCUACCGGUAUCUUUGGCCAUGGCGGCAUCGGUGGAGUUCACGGUGGUUUGAUCUACGGUAAAUGA